AUGACCGUGAUAUUAGAACUCACUCUCAUAUCAACAGAAGGAUUAAACAACUACACUUCCUGUCUCAACCCCACCAUAAGACCCUUCAUCACACUCACCAAAUUCCCACCCACCACAACAACCACACCUAUUACAGCAUGGGAUAAUAACAUGUUCCGCGUCUCCCUCGAUCCUACCUUCUUUUCAGAAGCAUCUUCAUGUCUAUACCUUCAGCUAUUCAUCAAGCGGAGAAUCAUGGGCCAGGCCCAACUUGGUUGGUGUUUUAUUCCAGCCUCGGAUGUAGGAUUUCUUACAUCGGAGUCUGUUCGGUACCUGAGUUACCGAUUACGUGGCAGUGAUGGAUCAAGGAGACAUGUCAUCAUCAACAUCUCUGUCCGGUUGGAGAUAUCAACAGCGCUGUCAACGAAUAUGGACACAUGUCACACUGUCAUUGGAAUACCAGUGACAGCCAUUCGGAGAGCUUAA